AUGAACACCUGGAACCUUGCACGUGUCAUCCUUUUGGCCAUUGUUAUCAGCAUCAACCCCCUCCUGGCUCAAACUGUCUCCGUACUGAAUGUUUCACUCCACCACUGCAGGGGAUAAGGAAACUGCACUGAGCAUGCUCGCUGCAGAUGCAGCCUGUAGAUGGAGCAAAGUGUAGAGGAGGAGAAAGGGGAGGAGAGAGAACGGCAGAGAGGGAGUCACACAGGAGCUGCACACAGUGCUGGGAUGCUGUUGCAGCUCUGAGAACAAGGCCUGCAUGGGAAGAUCUGUCAUUGACAACACGGAGGGGAAUACAAAUGACUGGGAUGUCAGAUUGUCAUCAUCAAAGAGGAACAGAUAUGUGAGAAGGGACUCUUGGAUGGCGUAGAGAUGUACGCCUUCUACUCUCUUUUAGUCUACAUCUUCUACACUGUCUUUAAAAAGGAGGAGGAAGAUGAAGCUUUGGAGGCGGCGGCGUGUGGAUCUUCAUCCAACCAGCCAAGACCUGUUUCCAUGGAAACAGGGAGCAGGAGGAGAGAUGGCCACACCUCCAAAAUGAGGAAAAAGGCUUGUGCUCGGCCUGGUGAAUCCAGCAGUAGCAGUGACACUGAUGAAAUGUCUCUGAGUGAUGAAGGUGAGGCAGAUGGCCCCGACAUCCCAGCAUGCACUCCUCUGGCUGCUUUUUUGUCCUUUAAGCAGGAGGCUGAGAAGAGGAGGGCCUCACAGGUUCAGCUGGAAACAACAGGAAAGUUGAUGGAGUCUCCCCUGGUGGCGGUGAUGUCACACUUGCUGACUUUUCUGGAGCAGUACUCCCAUUUCCAACAGCUGCAGCAGCAGGCCGACCAGUACCGGGUUCAGCUGAAGAGGCACCGCGUCCAGCACCGCGUCCAGAUGAAGGCCCUGCGAGCAUCAUACCGCCAGCGCCUCAGGGACAAAAGCAGCAUCAUCAGCAGCCUGGAGGAAGCCAUCAGCCAGCAACAGACCCCCAGUCCACUGAGCGAGGGUGAGUCCAGCAGUGAUGCAGGGACACAAGCUGGGGUGCACAGGCUGGUUGAGUCUCUGUACGGUCUGCAGGGGGAGAGGAGUAAGCUGAGAGGAGAACUCCGUCUGCUGCACUCGCAGCUGGAGCAGAAAGAUACGGACAGACUCUCUCGUAUGCAGACCUUUCAACAGCAGAUCGACGAGCUCAAGAGUUGCAUAGAGGAGCGCGAGGAGGAGCUGUCGAGACUGAAAACAGCCACUGGGGCCACAGACUCAGAGAAGCGUGUCCUGUGUCUGUCUGCAGAGAACGAGAGCCUGAAGCAGAACCUGAGCGUGACCCAAGGCCUCCUGCAGCAGCUGUCAACCAUCCCCUCCCAGUCCAGCACCAUGCUCAUCAAGGAGAAUGAAAACCUCCGCAGUAGAGUGCAGCAGCUGGAGAUGUCCCUGCAGCAGCGCGCUGAGCAGCUCUCGCAACUGGAGCGACAGAGCGAACAAAGCGAGUGGAGGAGAGGAGAGGAGCUGAGGAAACGAGAAGACCGAGUGAGGGAGCUGCAGCUGGAGUUGGACAGAGAGAGAGGCAAGGAGCCAGUGGUGAAGUAUGUCACCCAGACUGUGGAGGUGGAAUCACCGGCCACAUUGAAGCAGCUGACCAAAGCCAGGCAGAGGAAUGAACUGCUGUCCGAUAAGCUGUCCAAUCAGAACGAGCGGUGCAAACAGCUGGAGGAACACAUCAGGAAGUCCGACGAAUACAGCUGUAACCUGCAGCACAAGAUUGCAGCGUAUGAGCGAGAAAUCAGUAAACUGAGAGAGGAGCUGUUGAAAGAGAUUGGCCACUUGGAGGAGAGGAAGGAGGAAGCUGUGAAGGCUGCAGCCACCUGCUCAGCCGAGCACUUUCAGAACCUGCAGGACCAAUUCUUCGGCUUGCAGAAGCGUCUGACCGCGCUCCCGCCGACCUUACGCUCCAUGAAAACAGACUACACCAGUCUGAGGAGCCAGGUUAGAAACUUCUCAGACUUUUACGGAGCAGCUAUCAGUGAUGCAAAAAAACAGAUUUCAGCAGCUCUCAGUGAGAUGUCUGAAGCCAACAAAGAUCUCCUGGAGAAAUAUAGGAAGGAGGUUGCACUGCGCAGGAAGUACCACGAGCAGCUGGUGGAGCUUAAAGGCAACAUCCGCGUGCUGUGUCGUGUGAAGCCUGUGCUGAAGGAGGACCAGCAUGAGGAGGGCCAGUCUGUGGUGGUGACGACGGACCCCAACAACGAGUCCUCACUCAAUGUGCUGAACAAAGGAAAGGGUCGCAUCUUUGAACUGGACAGGGUCUUCCACCCUCAGGCCACACAGGAAGAGGUCUUUCAGGAGAUUGAGCCUCUUGUGACGUCCUGCAUCGAUGGCUACCAUGUCUGCAUAUUUGCCUAUGGACAAACUGGCUCUGGAAAAACCUACACAAUGGAGGGCAGUGUGGAGAACCCAGGCAUCAACCAGCGAGCCCUGAAACAUCUCUUCAGUGAGAUCGAGGAAAGGAAGGACAUGUGGUCUUACACGGUCACCGUCAGCUCUGUGGAGAUCUACAACGAGGUGCUAAGAGACCUGCUGAGUAAGGACGGAGAGAAGCUGGACAUUAAGAUUAACCCGGACGGUACAGGGCAGCUGCAUGUGCCGGGCCUCAGGCUCAUCGAAGUUAAGAGCUUUCAGCACAUGAAAAAGAUUUUAGCCACAGCCCGGAGGAACAGGAUCACCUUCGGCACUCAGAUGAACCAGCACAGCUCCCGCUCCCACGCUCUGCUCUGCGUCACCGUCCAGGGCACUGACCUCGCCACUGGGUCCAAAACCACCGGCAAGUUGAACCUGGUUGACCUGGCUGGCUCGGAGAGGGUAUGGAAGUCUGGUGCAGAGGGAGAGAGGCUGAAAGAGGCCCAGAAUAUUAACCGCUCCCUGCUGUCACUGGGGGACGUAAUUCAGGCUCUGAGAGCUCGGCAGACUCAUAUCCCUUUCAGGAACUCUCGCCUUACGUACUUAUUACAAGACUCCCUGGGCAAAGGCAGCAAGACUGCUAUGGUGGUGCAGGUGUCUGCUCUGGAGAGUAAUGUGGGAGAGACAUUAUGCUCGCUGAAGUUUGCCCAGAGGGUGUGUAAGGUGGAACUGGGUCCUGCUGCCAGGAAGAUUGAAUCUGGUGGAGGACAGUGCGACUGACAGCCUUCAAUCAGCCACUUCCUGUUCCCAAGGAAUCACCAGGAAACCAUGAAUGCGGCAGUCUGAUUAUCACCCACUUUACCAACCAAUCAUAACGUACAAUAUCAACAGCAAUCCUGCUCAAGGGCUAAAUCUGAGGAGGUCUGUGCGGCACCCGGAUGCCAACCUUUGAUUGAGGUUAGGUAUUGAGGACUCCUCGUUGCCAUUUUCUGCUUCUGACAAGUGGUAACCCUUUAUCAUUCGCUAAUCUGCAUGCCGGAGUAUAUACUCUUCCACUCCGAGUGCCAAAACGACCUCUGACUCCCCACACGGUUUAAGAUACGAUUGCUUCCUUGAACUACAAUAUCUGUUUCUUUUUAUUAAAUACCAAAAUCCAGGAUUUAUCUGAUCAGCUGAUCCUCACAGUAUUUAAAGCAGCAUCAUGUUCAACAAGCUUCCAGAGCCACAAUAUCAACACUUUCUUUUUUUUGCAGUAUUCAUCAUCUUGCUAUAAAUGUCUGUAGUUUGUGA